UCCCCAGGCUCUUCGUCACCAAAUUCCGAUCAUCUUCCUCCUCUCUCACCUCAUCUCUCUCUCUCUCUCUGUCUCUCGCUCUCUACAGUUUCACACUCUCCUCGUAAGCCAGCCGCACGAUUUCUCAUCCUCGCAGGGCCGAGUUCCGAUGGGCGAGAAGAAGGACGGCGGCCAGAAGGACGGCGACCAGAAGAAGAAGGCCGCCGCCGCCGCGGCGGGGGAGGAAGCCGGCGGCGGCGGCGGCGGCGGCGGCUCAUCCACCGUCGUGCUGAAGAUGGACUUGCAUUGCGACGGCUGCGCCAAGAAAGUCAAGGGAGCCGUCAAGCGAUUCGACGGCGUCCAAGGCGUGAAGGUGGACACCGGGGCCAACAAGAUAACGGUCAUCGGGAAGGUGGACCCCGCCAAGCUGCGCGAGCGGUUGGAGGAGAAGACCCAGAAGAAGGUGGAGCUCGUCUCUCACUCGCCUUCUCCCUCGCCGCCGAAGGACGGCGGUGCAGCCGAGAAGAAACCGGAGGGCAAGAAAGCUGCGGAAGAGGGCAAGAAGAAGAAGGCUGAAGUCGAGAAGCCCAAGGAGAGCACGGUGGUGCUGAAGAUCAACUUGCACUGUGCUGGGUGCAUCAAGAAGAUAAAGAGGAUCGUGGGCAAGGAGGUCAAAGGAGUAGAAUCGGUGACCGUAGACGAAGGGAAAGAUCUAGUCAUACUGAAGGGCACCAUGCAGUCGAAUGGGCUCGCGCCGUACCUUAAAGAAAAGCUCAAGCGGGGCGUGGAGGUGGUCCCACCCAAGAAAGAAGAAGCCGCGACGGACAAGAAGGAUAAGCCCGCCGCUGGCGGUGGCGAAGGCGGAGAGAAGAAGGAUGGCGGCGACGGCGGGAAGAAGAAGGAGGAGAGCGGUGUGGUCAAUGUGGAGGCGAAGAAAAUGGAAUACGGUGGAUAUCCGGCGCAGUCGAUGACAUCGUAUUGGAACUACCCUCCGAUGUAUGGCGCCGGGCCCAGCAAUGCCGUGCAGCCUUAUUAUCAGAGCCACCAUGCGGAGCCAUAUUACCAUGGAGGAGGAUACCCGAGCCAAGCAUACGGGGCGCCGUACCCAAACGAUGGGUACGUGAUGGAUCACCGCAUGCACGCGCCGCAGAUGUUCAGUGACGAGAAUCCUAAUGCAUGCUCCGUCAUGUGAGCACGACUGCACGAGCGAAAGCGGAACCAUGGCUUUCGGGUGAGAUCAUCGGCAGUGGGGUGAAGAUGUAAAUAUCGGAAUCGUGUCGUUGGGGGAACUACAAGAAGAGGUAGAGAGUUUCAUUUGGGCUUUAGGAAGCGACCGAUCGACGAAACCUGUUUCGUUGUUAGGGUUGGUACGAAGUUUUAUACUCUUUUUUAGUGCCCUUGGUGGAAAUUUGGUCACGACUAGCUCAUUUUGAUGUCAUAAUAAAAGAUAAAACCAUUGUUUUGUCAGCACAUAAAA